ACAUGUCUCUCACCUUGCGAGCACUAGAGCAAAAGCCCGACUCAACGAACCAACCAACAACUGUACAGGUAACGGUGUGAGGAGGCAUUCCUGGCCUCGAAACAGAUACCUCCGAACAGAUGUGUGGGUCUCCGAACUUUUGGGAUUGCUCGGAAGUGGAAUUGCCUGCUUCGUAGAUGGAUUCAGACGUUCCCGAACCACGUCCCAAACGAUUUCCGGCUAGAAGACGACGGAUAAAUCCACUGGACUUCCCUGGCCGUACAUCCACGACGCUGCGUUGAAACUUGGAAUUCUCCCAGAAGUAGGCGCUUAUUGCACCCACCGUUUCUCAGCAGUGAGUCUCCCUCCCUCUGCGCUUGCGAGGAACGAGCUUGCCGUAGCUUCAGUCAGAAGAAUCCGCUACGGUUAGCGCCUGGCAGGAGUUUAUUGGAGGCUCAGAUUCGUCUGUUUCCUGAAGCCCAUCCUUUGUCGUCUCUCCUCCUGUCGAGCGGCGGAGUUAUGUAAACUUUAGAUGAACGAGCAGUAGUCCCUCAACCAGAGAGUAAUUUAGUCACGACUUCCCGCAUUGCCGCUUUACACGAGCUACGCUAUUAGUCCUAGUCGAGAAUACAGGUGGUUGCGACCCCAUCAGCCUCAUCAGCCGCAUCAAUAUCGAUCCAGCAGCGCGGAAGCCCGCAAGCCUAGCUUACACUUGUCGCUUCUGCACGCCCGCAUCCAAUUCCCUCGUGCAUCUGUUCCCCGCUCCGCCUGCUCGACACGCUGGUUCGCGAUGGUUGAAGCGGCGGAACAACCCAACUCAGUGCCGCGGCCUAGAACAGUCCUGGUGGCCGUUAACGGCAGCGACGCGAGCGACGCUGCUCUUUUGUUCGCUCUAAAGUCGAUAAUCUCAGACCAAGACACGCUGAUCAUAUUACAUGUUCGACCCACAGACAAGGAUCUCACAUCUCUGUACAGCAGCUACCCGGAUCCAGAGGCGGAGAUUAAGACCCACCACGCGUUUAUCCGCGCUACAAUCAACGACGCCGCUAGAGUCGUACGCUCCCAAGGGUUCCCCGCAGCGCGUGUUAAGGUGGAGGAGGGCGAUCCGAGGAAGGUGAUACCCAAGGUGGCAGAGGCUGAAAAAGCCGACCUGGUUGUUUUGGGAUCACAGGGGAAGCGAACUUUGCAUUACAUGUUGGCGGGGGACGUGGCAUCACAUUGUGCCAAGAAGUGUAGCUGUGCAGUCAUCACGUACAAAUCAGCCAAUGGAGGCUCAGUGGUGUUCAAUAAACGAGGCUUGCAGGAGCAGAAACGCCUGGGGAUCUCCCUAGGACAGUUCAAGCAGGAAGCUGAUGUUUCUGAUGUGGAGGCAGCAGCUUGAGUCGGAUGCAAUUCGAAGUGUACUUUUGUAGCAUGCUUUGCAACCUAAUGUAAUCAUAUACGUAUUAUAGUGCAUAUUCGCGCACCGUUA